UGGAAACCUGGGUGCUGGCCCUGUUUUGGGACGCACCGCGCGGCUCUGUUCUGGUCCAUCUUUCUGCACUUUGUCAAGCACCGAUUUCGUCCCAUUCUGCCUUCUCUCGACAAUCUACUGUGUAAUCAUCUGUUUCAGCGCAGCUUGCAUACAUCUUGUAUACCCUCGCUUCCUGUGCGACUUGAGUUGUUUGCGCACUUGCGUCCCUGCCCGAGCCGACAACUGCGCAUCGCCAGAUCGUUCCGUUUCUGAGCCAGGAGCUAUCACCGCACUACCGGCCAGGCGAUAAUGUGGGAGGACUUCGAAUUCGACCCUGAACGGAUCCCAACUUUCAAGUUGGUUUUCCAUUCGCUCCAGAUCGUCUUCGGCUUCGUGUCGUGGUGUCUCGAGAUUGCCGUUUUCAGGGCCGACAAGUCAAGGAUCGUGGGCGACAAUGGGUGGACCUUUGGAGUGUUCUUCCUCUCGAUCCCGGCCUGGAUAUACCUGAUCAUGGCCCCGCGGUUCCCACGCACGCGCAAGAUCGCCGAGCCUCACGCCAUGCUGGUGGUCGACACCCUUUACACCAUCAUCUGGCUCUCGGCCUUCUCUACCCAGGCCGCAUACAACUCUAAGAAUCUUUGUGGCACCGCCUGCAGCGUCAGCAAGGCCGUUGUCGCAAUGGCAGUCUUUGUAUUUCUCUUUUUCUGCGUGACCACCUUCUUAAGCGUCUGGACCCUCAAGUACUACCAAUGGAACCACCGCCUGCCGGGCUACGACCGCGCGCAGCUCAGCAGCCAGAACAUCGACCCGGACAAGGCCGCCUUCUCGCUGGCGCCGCACGACGAGGAGGCCUACGCGCCCGUCAACAUGGACGACCACGAUCACGACGACCACGUCGACGGGUCGCACUACGGCGGCGCUGGCAGCGUCGUCGGCGGGCGCUCCGACUACUCGGACCCGUACGGCCCCGGCACAGCCGGCCACGUCGGCGGUGCCAGCACGGUCAGCAGCUACCACGACAACCCGUUCCGCCGGCAGGAGGCGAACCCGUUCGACGGCCAGGAUACAGAAUACCAUUCCGGAAGCCUGUCUGCCGCUUCGGGGCGGUAUGCCGCGGCCCCUGCGGCGCCGGCGGCGGAUGGGUUUGAGGAUGCAAGGUUCCCUCAAGCAGACUACGAUCGGAUCGGAAGGCCAUGAUGAAUGCCAAGGCAGCCUUGGAACGAUAAAGAACGGGCAGAUGAAGUAGCUGAGCGGGAGACCGGAGGGACGGGAGACCACAGUUGUAUGGCUACACGACGUUUCUGGGGGAGUGGGUUAGUUACUUUGAGCAUUUUCUGACUUCCUCGCCUGGCCGGGGUAUUGUGCAGGUAUGAAUAGCGGCGGCUUUGCUUAGCUUUGGUGUUGCUGGCGUUCAUAGAGGGUAGAUCACAAAAGAGAUACCAACGAAAAAAUGCAAAAUAAUCAUCAUCUUCCUUAUCUUUCUUCCCUCUAUAUCUCAAAAAGUUUGCCCCCC